AUGGCCUCGAAGAUCGAAGUACUCCGUACUCUGUCAAAGGUGUUAAAGAUGAGCGUAGUGGAGUGCAUGGGCCAACAGGAAAUGGUCGAUAUCUCCCCUCUGGCACUUGAUCUUCCUUAUUGGUGUAUUGCUCCCUUCACAUACCCAGUUUUGAUCGGAGGGGAGGCUAGAGACUUAAGACGUGACUGCCCAGCCACACACGCAUAUGCGCCCAUCUUCACUCUUCCACUCCCCGUCUCACAACGAGACCGACUGACAAAGCAUACUGAUCGUCCUUAUCGGACUCGAACUUCGACUGAUCGACUCCCUUGCAUCGUGCAGAAACAAAGCCGCUGUUUGAGAACCAUCAACUUCCAUCAUUGGUCGCAUAAUUGGCCGCAGAGUGCUUUCGCGCAAUGCGACCCUUGCGGACUUAUUGAAACAUUCCAGGUCAUGAUCCAUAUCUAA